AUGGAAUCAAAGGUCGUUUGGACGACGCCGCCUCCUACCUUUAACGUCUUGACAGUGACUGUGUUUUCACAAUGGCGGACGGUCGUGAUCUCUCGACAUUGUAACGUUCCGCGUCCGUUGGAGCCGUCUUCUUGCAUGCUAAAACGCGAGGGUUUGAGAGGGAAAAUUCUGGCGAAAGCUAUGUUCAAACAUCAAUACUAG